AUGCUGUCAUCACGCGCUAUCACAAGCCAACAGCUCAAGGCGAGGAACUAUGAGGAGGCCAUCGACUCGUACAAUAAGCUGGACGCGGUUCUCUCGCGGCUCUACGGCGCCUUGCUGCACGGCAGGGGCGUUGCGCGUUCCAUGCUGGAGCAGCACCAGCAGGCAGCCCUCGACUUCAAGCAGGCAGUGGAGAAGCAGCCACAGAAGGCAGUGUACUGGGUGGAGCUGGGGCAGGAAUACACCCUUCUGAACGACUAUGCCAAUGCGCACAGCGCCUUUGUCAAGGCAGUGGAGCUGGACCCCCACAACGACCAGGCCAGGCGGUUCCGAGGCAUGAGUGCGUUUGAGGUAGAGCACUACGCAGCAGCCCUCGACGACCUCGUUCCUGCCCUCACCCGCGACCCGGCCAACACUCAGCUGCUCACCCAGGUGGCGCACUCGCUGCUGCGCCUCAACCGCUACCGCGAGUCACAGCCGUUCUGGGACGCGGUUGUACAGGCCGACCCAGGGGAGGCACACGCAGGGGAGGAAAGCUCAGGGGAGGCAAGCCCUGGGGAGGUAGACCCCGGGAAGGCACACGCAGUGGAGGGCGAGGCGUGGCUACAGAAGGGCAUCACACACCGCAUUCUGGGGGAGGCGGACAAGGCUGUGGACUCUCUGCUCAUGGCUCUCUCUGUGCAAGAGUAG